AUGGCAGAACCGAUUUCAGUCGAGCAGCAGAUCAAACUCCUGGAGGAUGCACGAAAGCUCGUACUUGGUGACCCGAAUUACUACCCGCAAAUUCUCCAAGGGAUUAUUCCUAUAAUAAAACCAGAUGGGAGAGCAGACCCCGCCAAGGUAGAGCUGCGGAGAUGGGGUGCAGACUUUCUAGCAGAGACGUUUGCAAGCCCUACUCUUCCGGCGGACCAGAAGGAGACAUUGAGCUUGAGCGUUCUGGAAGUUAUCAAGAAUAUGAUUGAGAAUCCGAAUGAGGAUAGUGCAGUUGUAAAGAGCGUCGUUCAAACUGCUGCAAGCAUAUACCCCCUUGUUUUUAGAUGGAUGAUCAACAACUCGUACGAUGGGCCAACAUGGGAACGAAUGCUUGCGAUAAAGUCAAGGAUACUACGGAUAUGGGAUACUGCUGUGCCAGGAGUGCGAAUAUGUUGCAUCAAGUUUGCCCAGCGAGUAGUACUGGUCCAAACUGCCGGUCCAAAUGCUGACCCACGGCGUGGUGAUCCCCUUGAGGUUUCUCUUUCCAUGGUUCCCCAAAACCAUCCCCUAUUGGCCCCUCGGAACCUCGAAGCUGAAGCCUCAGGUCUGUUGGAUAGAAUGCUUAGUGUCUUUCAAGAGAGCAUUAGUGAUGCGAUAUUGGUUGAUGCUACUUUAAAUACCCUCUCCAUCCUAAUCAGAGCCCGUCCACAAGUUGCCAAUAGGAUCCUGAAUGUUAUAUUGAAUUUCAACCCCCUAAAGCAAGCCAAUUCCCCAAUGACCCCCAAACUUCGUGUUAUGGUCAAAUCUAUGGAAAAGACGACUAGAUUAUUGCUCAUGCACAUCAAUAAGCGCGAUCCACAAAACCCCCUCGCAGGACGUAUUCAACAAUAUGUCGAACGAAUGAUGAGGUCAAGGAACGAGAUAUUCGAUGAAGCGACUAGGAAACGUGGGCCUCCUGCGCCUAUGGAUGGACUAGAUGCCGCCAAACGACAAAAGCUAGGGGCUCAGCUACCAACUCCCGCGCCGAAAUUCCACGUACCUCCAUUAACCCCAGGCCCACACACUGUAGCGGAGUUGUUUACCGUUACAACUGAUGAAGGAUUGAAAGCGUUUGAUGUUUCUCAGUUGAGUGAGGAUCUCGUAGUCAAGAUUGGAAUUACCAUUUUGCAGAAAAUCGACGGAGAUACCCUCAACCAAGCGGUCGAAGGUGUACGACAAAGAUAUCUUUCAUUACAGGCCGCACAACCAGAAUUACUGAACCCGGCAACUGCGCCACUUGGUGUCGAUGAGGACGAGGAUGAUUACGAGCCCGAUUUCUAUAAUGCCGAAGAUACGGAGCAAAUCCUGAACAAGCUCGACAAUGCCCCUCCAGACGAGCCAGAAAUAAAAGCACCGGAUAUGGCACCGGGCCUCUUCGCUCUUCCACCACCACCCCCCUUAACUCAGGAUCAACUUGUGCAAGUUGGACAAGGAACAGUCUCUCGAGUAUUCGGCGUAAUGCAAACCUUGGAAGAAGCUGGGAAGAAACAGAAAGCGGGUUUGAACAGGCUUGCUGCUAGCUCAGGCGACCGAGAUGAUUGGAUCACAAUAAUUACUAGGCUCGCGACACGUUCUGCUGCUGGGUUGGAGGAGGCCUCAGAUAUUAUCAAAGCCGAGCCUGACCAGCCGGUACCAUUUUCUCUCAGCAACACCAUCCGCGAAUCACUCUAUUUAUACGUCCUCGAGGAUUUCCGAAAGCGUAUCGAUAUUGCAGUUGCAUGGCUUUGCGAAGAGUGGUAUAACGAUAGGGUGCAAAUGACGCUUGGCGAACAGACAGUUGUCCACUAUGAAAAAUGGGUUCUCAGGGUCCUAGAUGGUAUUGUUCCCUAUCUCGACGCCCGAGAUAAGGUCUUGACCAGGUUUCUGAGCGAAAUUCCUGGGUUGACUCCUGAUGUUCUUGCCAGAGUCAAAGGACUUUGUAGAGAUCCGGCCAUGGUCAAUUUAGCAUUGACAAGUCUUUUAUACCUGGUUAUGAUGAGGCCACCCGUACGAGAGAUAGCGCUUGAUGCAGUCGAGGACAUUUGGAAUAAUUAUGAGGAUGCAAAACCAAUAGCUGCGAAAUACCUUUCGAAAUGGCGUCCCGGGUUUGCAGAGCGACUAAAGGAUAAUGAGGAAGACAAGAAAACGAAUGGCGUGGCUAUUGAAGUGUGA